AUGUCCUUCUUCGGUUUCAAUACCACCCUGCCUAGGGAUCGAGCUCCUGCGGGCGAACAGAGGGGUAUCUUCGACACCCCUGAUCCGUUCGCCGAAGUCGCCCGCGCCAGACUGGCAGCAAACUUCCAAAGCGGCGAGGAUGACGACGUCAUCGACUUUGAGGAUACGUACGACGGCCUAGGAGACCAACUGGACGAUGACCAGGAUGCGUUCAACGAUGACACGUUUGGUGGCGGCUUCGACACCGGCCCGGUUGGAAAGGAUUUCGACUUCUUCGGAAAGACUGCUCAGGUCGCCGAUGUGAUCGGGGAGGAGCAGAUCCGCUACAGCCUUCAAAAACCCGGUGCGCCUGCGACCGCGCCUUCGCAGCCCACCGCCGAUACUGCUCUGCCAGACACUACGGCCCAGAAGCCCAAACGGUCUGGCUAUGAGAAGUACAACGACCCGGGUUACAUCCCCGACCUUCAGGCCAAGUCUAGCGUCUGGGGCAUGUCGAAGAAGCCGGAACAGCAGCUCCAGCAACAGCAGCUCCAGCAACAGCAGCUCCAGCAACAGCUGCAACAGCUGCAGCAGCCCACGCCUCAGAUGGUAGCGCAAGCGAAGAAGAUGCUGAGUCUCGAGGAGGUGGAAGCGCAGCUGCGGAGACAGGGUCCGACUUCGCUGCCCGCCCAAAUCCCGCUGUCCCUUCCGCAGUCGAUGCCAGAGCCCACUCAGCCUCUCCAGCGAGCUCAGAUGCCCCCUCUGCCCGAAGGCUUCCCGCAGCUGCCGCCUGAGAUUCUACAGGCCCAGUUCGCCAAGGGAGUGCCACCGGCGCAGUUGUUGCACCAGCCACCCAUGGUUCCAGAGCCGUAUCCGCUUCCUCCAAAUCUGCCGAUACAUAUGCUGCAAAAUGCCAACUUGCCGCCUCAGCACAUGGUGCCUCCCCAACGUCAGGCGAUGCCACCGGCGGCUCAGCGACCCCAGCAGCAGCAACCGCCCCUACCUCAAGCUCCCCGUGGUAACAACGCGCAAUUGCCAGUGAUUACCAACUCUCAGCAGUUGAUGCACCUGACGGAAGAGCAGCGCGUAGCGUACCUGAUGGAAGAUGCCAAGCGUGCGAAGCGCAACCACAAGAUCUUCCUUCUAUCCAGGGGCAACGGGCUGAUGACCCCGCAAGACAAGAACUUCAUCACCCGAAUCCAGCUUCAGCAACUAGUCGCUGCUGCUGGCAACGUGGCGGACUCUGAUGCAGAAGCGGUCUUGGCAGAGGACUUCUACUAUCAGGUUUACAGCCAGAUCCGGGGUGCGCCGCGGCAACACCCACACCAACCUCUCGGUCACUUUGCGCAGACAUACCUCCUCCAGACAGGCAACAGACUCGGGGGCCAUGGCUCUCGCCGGCAGUUUCAGAGCGCCGACAAUCACAUGCAGAGAAUGCAGCAGCAGGUCCAGCGUGCGGUGGAGGCCGCUAAGCAGAAGCCUAAGAACAAGCAGCUUAUCAUCGAGGGCAGCUUGGGUAAGAUUUCUUUCAGCAACGCCAAGACGCCAAAGCCCAUGCUCAACAUCAAGCGUCCGGAGAGCUCGGAAGGCGCUAAGACGGUGAAAAAGCCGCACACCGAUUUGAGUGUUAGCGACCGCAAAUCAGUCCUGACCAACCUUGAGAGCGUUUACAGCACGCUUAUGGAUAUGGAGGACAUGGAGCGCACGAUGCCUCCCCCGCCAGAUGAGAAUGAUCCCGAGGCCAUUCAGAAGCACAUGGAAUGGAGACAGAAGAUCCGCUCGCUCAACCAGAAGUUGUGGCGCGACCUUAAGGUCAUGGAACCCAUUGUCCCCAACACCAACACUCCCCAUCCGUUCAUUGCCUUCCUUGCUUAUCCCAAGGGCAAGAAGGCCAUCCCCCGCAUUUUCCGCCACAUUGAUCAGGAGCAGCGUGUUACUAUUCUUACUAUGAUCGUUGUGCACUUGGAUUCUCUGGACGUCGUCCGGCGCGCCCAGCCUGUUCCGGGUGAGACCCAGCCCUCUCUGGCCGUUCGGGAAGCCAUUGAGCUUUUCUCUCAGGCCGUCAUGCCCAGUCUUCUGGGGUACGUCAACGAGGCGCCAUUCAAUAUUAUCAUUGGCUUGCUGGGACUUGUCAUUGCGCAGACGCAUGUCCAGAUGAUCGCGAGGACCCGCAUUGGACUUGGAAUCUUGACCAUGCUUCUCAGUCGGGCCGAAAUCGUGAAGGAGGCUGGACAGGCUACAGAGCGGGACUGGCAGCAGUGGGUUGAGAAGUUCAAUGUGCUGUUUGACACCCUUGAACCUACGUUUGCAGAUAUCUUCCCCAGCUCGAUCAAUGCUGGCGACGACAUGUAUGUGUGGCAGUUCUUGGCUGCAGUUGGUAUCGGAGCUAGCCCCGAACAACAGCAACGCCUUGUUAUUGCGGUUAAGGACCGGGUGAUGGAGACGGUGACUUACAGCAAGACGCUUCCUGCCGAUAUGGCCAGUGCGCGUCUUGGCAACGUCAACCUUUUCAUGCGGGCUAUUGGCCUCGAUGUCGAACUUCUAGGUUAA